CAGCACAGUCGCAAACUGAAGAACACUUCAAAUGGCUUGGUUUAUUGGUGCAGGAUUAGGUAAAACAGGGGCAGGGGCACUUUUCGGGCCUGUUGGUAUUUGUGCUAGCGUAUGUGCAUUUGCUGCAUAUCAGCUUUAUCAGCAUGCAAGGCAGGGACAGGCGGGAGCCAGACGGCGACUGAUCAUUGAGAGACAGGAGAACGGAGACAUGGAUUCAUCUGAAGUUGAAGAGUUUUUACACCUUGGAUCUGCCGACAGAUAUAAACACAUCCUGAAAAACAAAAGGCCCUUCACCCGUGAGGGGUACGUAUACCAUGUUGAAGCGGAUCAUAUCCCACCACUGCAGUCACUGCAUAGGGCUCGAGAGCAGAGAGAGUUUCCUCUUCUCAAGUAUAAGAAUCCGAAUCUUUAUCGUAUCGUGAUGGAAAUGAAAACGGAUCCACGUGGACAGGAACGUCUCACUGUGCAGGUGCCCACUGAUCUCCACAGAGCAGCUCUGUCCAGCGGCAAUAGCACUGCAUCUACAGAGUGCAGGUUACUACUUGCACGCAGAAUUGCAAGUGGAGAAACAACGUUGAUGCUGAAGCAGGCUUUUAUCAUAGCUCAUCCUUUCUCUUCCCAGCAAAUAAGACGCACAGCAGGUUUGCCAGGAAUGGAAAACAAAAUCCCCCAAAAAAUUGAACUGAAAAGGGACAGAAUUGUGAAAAUUUACAAAAAGGCCUUCCUUACACUGAUACGCAUGUACUGUGACAUUGAAAUGAUCAUUGAUUGUAAGGAACGUGAUGAUCUGAUUGAAUAUGUGGAGAAAGGCAUGUAUCUCAACGAAGAGUCCGAGGAGUAUAAAGAGAUUCUGGACAUUGUCAGGCGUAAUUCAAGACGUUAAUAGCUAGAAGUUCUCCACAGGCCAAAGAUGGUACAUUUUCAAAUAAUCUGUUAUGUUUCUGAGUCUGUCUGUUAGUUUAUUAUUGCUAUUCUUGUAAUUUAUUAUUUUUCAUUAUCAUAUCUGGUUUUCUGUUUACCAUCCAUUAUUGUUUAUGACAUUUCAUCGUCCCCUGUUAUGUCUGUGUCAAGCUGUUUUCGAGCCAUAGUCACUCCCCUGUCUGUGUGCUGCACUAUUCGGGUGGUUUCGGUAGUUUCCGGAUUUCCAACAUUUCUUCCAGCCUUGCAUUCCUUAAUACCGAUGGUCUCUAGUCACUGCAAAGACCUGUAUUGGUCUUCUGCUGUUGUAGCCUGUUCACUUGGAGCAGGGGUACAUAACAAGGGCCGAUCCAUUUCAGGAUUUUGUGUCAACUUCUGCUCUUAAUGACUUAAUUAACUUACUGAUUAGGAAUGAAAUAAGGUAAUAAUAAGGUAACUGAUUGGAAUGAAAACCUGUGUACAGACUGGGCCAUCAACACAUUGCAUGUGUAUCACUGCAUCUUAUUAAUGGCAUUACAUUACAGUACAUUUUUAAUACGAAAGUAAACUGUGUUUUAGCUCUGUGCUAUUUUUGGGUUGUGAUUGUUUGCCUUAGCUCUCCAAGCUAAAAAUGUACUCUAGUUUAGUAACUUUUCUUAAUAAAUAGUAUAAGUGUCCAAUAUAUGGAAGACACUGAUUUAGCCUGAGCCAUACAGUUUUCUAUUUGUAUCUGAGGGACAGCAAAGAGAUGACACUGUUAUUUCCAUGGAUUUCUAACAGAAACCUAAAGCUCACUGUCCGAAAGAUUGCGAUAUCUAGAAGAUAUAUAGCUCUGUUACAGUUCAAUCUGUUCAACGCAAUUACUUUUGCAAUUUCAGUUGAGAAUUUAAGUGUGCAUUGUGUCAACAGGACAUCAUCACAUGGGCAGUGGUCACACAAAUGAAUGAAUAACAUUGUGCAAGAAUAAAAUAAAUGUGAUUUUGCGAUAUGAAA